UUCGAUCGACGUUCCAGAACCGGUUCCCGUCUCUCGAAACGUUGAAACCACUCAAUCAUGGACGUGGUUCGCAGAGACAACCCGCAGGAAAUCCUGCGCAAAUCCUUACUCGAGUGCCACACCGCGGGCGAGCUCAACCCGGACGGCCGGGUGCCCUCGGAGAAGGUUUUCCGUCGCUUCCAGGCGGAACUGUUCAACCAGUACCGGAAGGACGUCCGGCUGCGCGAGUUCCAGGCCCUGAUGCAACGAUCGCCUCUGCUGGUGGAGGUCGUCCAGUCCGAGUAUCGGAUUGACCUGGAGAAGCUGCUGCCGCUGCUGCUGAAGAAGGAGGACGCGGAGGACGAGAACGAAUGUGACUCGGUCAAGUCGUUUCAAUCGUGUCCAACAGCAGCGGUUGAGGGUAGGAAGUCGGAGAAGAGGUUAAAUCUGCUGAAUGUGCACUUGAAGUACGUGACGACGAUGGCCCGGGCUGUGAAGACGGAUUUUGAGUUGGGGGCGAACAGUUUGAGUUGUUUGCUGUGUCGGGUUAAUUUUGGGAGUGCGCUGGGUUUGCGGCUGCACAUGAAGAAGCACGAUUCGCUGCCGGAUAUUGAGACUGGUGGUGGUUUGCAGACGGUUAAAUGCCAGCUGAAUGUAUGUUUCCAGUAUGAUCAGAAAGGGUUGACGUCGCCGCUGAAGAUCAAGAGUCGCCAUCCUGGACCUUUGUAUGUGGGUUCCAUCUUUGUGUAUCACACAAGUACGUUGCUGUUUCCGGUGCACACCAAGCUGGAGUUGUUGGAAUCUAAUGCAGUUCGUAGUUUUUUGCUUCCGAAUCACAUCUUUUUCAAGAGUUACGACAAGUUUUGGCUGUUGAUAAGUUGUCGCAAGGAGAACGAACAAACGGAGUACAUUGAGCAUUACCAGAUCAUUGUUCGAACCGUUUCUCCUCCGUUGCGACCCGGUCAACUUGAUGAAUACUUCCCGAAGCCGGAGCUGACGGCGUUGAUCUCCAACAAUCUGCAGAUGUCGAAGGAGCAAACGCUCGUUGAACGGAUUCUGCUGGACGCAAUUCGAUAUCUGUGCACCACGGGACCUUCGGCGCGACUGACCAUCGCAAAUUACUGCGACAUGCUGGAAGUUAUGAUUCACGUGCAUGAUUUAAACGUCCAGUUGGAUCUUGCUAAAUUUCAGGCUGAUAAAGCCGUCAUCGUUCCGACGGAGGUCGACUGCCAGUACCGCAUCGAUACCAUCCACUUCAACGCCCUGCCAACGAAUCUUGCCGCCGGGGACAUUAUCAACCUAACGCUGGUCGAUCCCAACAGAGGGAACAUCGAAAUUCGAGGCACCGUUGUCCAAGUGCUGCCCGAACAUCUGGUUGUUGAACUGGAAAAGAAGGUCGAGGCCAAUUGUAGCUGCCAGGUGAGACUGCAGGUUGACCGCCUCGUGUGCCGGCUGGAACUUCAGGCGUUGGAUUUGGUGCGACGUGAUCAAGUGGCAUCGCUGUUCUUUCCCGAGGUUCCUCCCACGCCACGAUCGACGAUCAGAGAAAUCAAAGCCUGGUUCAACCCGGGGCUUGAAAACAACGUCGAGCAGCAAACGGCCGUUCGGAACAUUGUCAAUCGAACCGCCUACCCGCUGCCGUACAUCCUGUUUGGACCACCCGGAACGGGCAAGACCACAACGCUCGUGGAAGCCAUCGUUCAGAUUUGUACGCGCCAUCCAUCGGAGCACAUCCUUGUAACGGCCCAGUCGAACGCGGCCUGCGACGAACUCGCGGUCCGCCUCCUAAACUACCUUCCUUCGAAGAACCUGCUCCGGUUCUUUUCGCGAUCCGUCGAGAAGCGCAUCGACGAGCUGCCGGAACCGCUGAAGCAGAUCUCCAACCUGUCCACCGGCAGCUAUCAGUGGCCAACGUGGGAGCAGCUGGACCAGACGAACGUCCUCAUCUGCAGCUUGACCACGUGCGGCCGGUUGGUGCAGUGUCGCGUUAGGCCGACUCACUUCAAGCACGUGUUCAUCGACGAGUGCGGAAGCGCCUCGGAACCGGCUGCACUCGUUGCUCUGGCCGGACUCGUUACCACGUCCAAGAAACUGUGCGCGAGCGUCGUCCUUGCCGGAGAUCCCCACCAACUCGGCCCAGUCGUUCGCAGCGAGCUCGCGGACAAGAUGGGUCUUGGGAUGUCGAUGCUGGAGCGACUCAUGAACUUGCCGGUGUACCGGAAAGACACGGAAUCGAACCAAUACAACACUCUGAUCAUCUCCAAACUCCUCAGGAACUUCCGCUCGCACGAAACACUCCUCCGAUUCUCCAACCAGCGGUUCUACGAGAACGAACUGAUCGCGCUCGCACCCCCACAAGAGGUCAGCUUCGUCGAGAACUGGAAAUUCCUCCCGAACAAGAACCUCCCCAUCAUUCUGCACACCGUCCUCGGCGAAAACGAGUCCAGCUUCGGUCGAAGUCGGAUGAACGCCAAGGAAGUCGAAAUGGUCGAGUUCUACCUCGAUUUUAUCCUCCGUUCCGGAAUCAACGGGCGCACCAUCACCCAGCAAGACAUCGGCAUAAUCUCCCCCUACCAGCUCCAAGUCCAGCAGCUCAAACAGCUCUGCGAACGCCACAAAUGGCCCGCAGUCGAAGUCGGUUCCGUCGAGCAGUACCAAGGUCGCGAGAAGCUGAUCGUGCUGCUCUCAACGGUGCGUUCGCACACCGCCGACGUGGGCUUCCUGAACAACGUGAAGCGGCUGAACGUGGCCAUGACGCGGGCCAAAGCCCUGCUGGUGGUCAUCGGGAACAGCUACACGCUGCAGCACGAUGCGAACUGGUUCGAGCUGGUGCGCUACUGCAAGGAAAAUGGGGCCGUCGUCGGGAAAGGGUUCGGGCUGGACGCGUCCCGGAUCGUCGAGCGGACCAAGCGCGAGCGGAUGUUCGAUGCGCUGUUUGCGAAGGAUGGGGAGAAGGCGAAGGGGGAUAGUUAGAUUGUAGCUUUUAAGGUGCUUCCAAAGAUAGUUUUAAUUCUUUCUGAAUUGAACAUCAUGUGAUUUUAUUUGUAGUGAAACGUACAAACGUGGACGUUUGAUUCGAUUUCUUUUCAAAUUAAUGUUGUACUUUUUUGGACUUUGAUAAAUACAACGACAAUCCUU